AUGUCUCGACAACCAAUACGGAAAGGAAGAAAUUUUUUCACACGAGCACUUUUCCAUCCACGAACCUAUUAUGUCAUUCAAAUUGGAGGUCUUACUGGAAUUUGUUAUGUUUUGCUGAUAAAAACAAAGUGGAAAGAAGGAACUGUGUUUUAUGAUCUUCAACAAUGGGCAAAAGAAAAAUAUGAUAAUUGGAUGAAAAUGAGUGAUGAGGAAAUUGAACGACAAAAGGAAAUUAUUAGAAUUUCAAGGGAAAAUGCUUCCAAACGAGAUCAAUAA